CGGCACCGAAAAGAACGGCUGCUUGCUGCUGCGGCUAUUGGUGCAAACGCAAAUUGGUGAAAACAAAAUCUUUCCGAUCGUUUGCAACGUGGGCACUCCGUGGGUAUUUACGGUGUAGCGCCCAUCGCGUCCCAUUUCCUGCUCGCGCACCGCUGUUUAGUUUGAUCACCCCCGGCAGUGUCAGCGUCGAUAAUCACCAGCAGCAUCAUGGAACCCUACGAUGUGAUUGUGAAUCAACCGGUCGUCAUCGACAAUGGUUCCGGAAUGAUAAAGGCGGGCUUCGCAGGCGAUCACAUACCAAAGUGUCGUUUCCCCAACUACAUGGGGCGUCCGAAGCACGUCCGUGUGAUGGCCGGUGCCCUCGAAGGGGACAUGUUUGUCGGUCCCAAGGCGGAAGACUACCGGGGGUUGCUGAGCAUCCGGUACCCGAUGGAGCACGGUAUCGUGACCGAUUGGAACGACAUGGAAAAGAUUUGGACGUACAUCUACAGCAAAGACGAGCUGUCUACGUUUGCCGAAGAGCACCCGGUGCUGCUGACCGAGGCACCACUUAAUCCGCGCAAAAACCGUGAGAAGGCGGCCGAAAUCUUUUUCGAAACGUUCAAUGUGCCCGCACUGUUCGUGUCGAUGCAGGCCGUGCUGAGUCUGUACGCGACGGGGCGCGUGACCGGUGUGGUGCUGGACUCGGGCGAUGGUGUCACGCACGCCGUACCGAUCUUCGAAGGGUUUGCAAUGCCGCACAGCAUCAUGCGUGUGGAUAUUGCCGGUCGCGAUGUAACGCGCUACCUUAAAACCUUGAUCCGUAAGGAGGGUUUCAGUUUUCGCACGACGGCCGAGUUCGAGAUAGUGCGCUCGAUCAAGGAGAAGGUCUGCUCGCUCGCGACGAAUCCACUGAAGGAGGAAACGGUCGACACGGAGAAGACAAAGUACGUGCUACCGGAUGGCAACGUGCUCGAGAUAGGGCCGGCUUGCUACCGGGCACCGGAGGUCCUGUUCCGCCCUCAUAUGCUCGGCGAGGAGUGCGAAGGCAUCCACGAGGUGCUGAUAUAUUCGAUCCAAAAGUCGGACAUGGACUUGCGAAAGAUGCUGUACCAGAACAUCGUGUUGUCGGGCGGUUCGACACUGUUCAAGGGGUUCGGUGAUCGACUGCUAUCCGAAAUACGGAAGCAUGUGGCGAAGGAUAUGAAGAUCAGAAUUGCAGCCCCCCAGGAACGCAUCUACUCAACGUGGAUGGGUGGUUCGAUUCUGGCCUCGCUCGACACAUUCAAAAAGAUGUGGGUCUCGAAGCGAGAGUUCGACGAAGACGGUCAGCGCGCAAUCCACCGGAAAACGUUCUAAGUGUGGUAUUCCUUUCUCUCGUUGCGCUGCGCUUUGCGUGUAAAUGUGUCUUUUGGACUCGGAGAAUCAGUUCGAACGGACGAUCGGAGGAAGAUCGAAGGAAAAAAACGAACAAGUACGCGCAUCUGGGUAGAGGUUAAAAGGAGGGUUUUAGAGUGAUCGUGAGCACACCGGCAAAACACUCUUCUCAGGGUAAAGCCGCGCCUUGUACGGCCUGUAGGUGCUCCGGGAGGGCUGACCCUAGCUAGAUUUCCGUUGGUUUUUCGUUGUCUACUUUGAGGGACACUUUUCGCGUUGUUUUCUGAAAUAUCGACACGUUGUUCGUGUUAGGGUCUAGCGCUAGUUGUAGCUUUGCAGCAAGAGGAUGGUUCUUCUAAGGUAAAUAAUAGGCAGAAAACAAUGAAGCAAUGUGUUCAGCUACGAGUAGAAGGGCGUUUUGAGUAACGUGUAACGCGCACGCACAGAAAAACAUACCAUUGCAUAAGCGAACUAUUUGCUAGGGAUGAUAGGGAUUCGAUAGCUUUGUGUGGACAAGGUUAAAAAAGCAUGUUUUACCCUAGCUGUGUCCGUUGCUUGCAGUGGCUUUUGAAGGAGAUAUUUAAUCACUUUUUACGGAGAACAGUUACUUAUUUAGGACCAUUGUUACUGUGUCGAUAUCGUUUGUUUGUGUUUCUAGUUGGGCUUUGUGUUCUGCGUUCCACUGUGUUAGAGGAUGAAUGGCCUCUUUUUUUAACAUCGCUUCCUUCAUCAAGCUUUCCCCACUUCGUAUGUUGUCCCGCCGCACUGUGGUGGCCGAAAGGAACCUUCAUUCCAUUGCUAACUGUAUGGCGCCCUUGGAAAGCGCAGAUGGUCUUGUGUGAACUUUAACGUGUACUAGCUUUUCGAUCCCGUAAAAUGAGAUCGUCGCCGAGCGACGCUUUCAGUCAGUCGGUCGGCUCUAACGCUUCUUCCAGAUAGGAAGACCCUUUCACGCUAACACCUUAAGUUAGUAUCUAGUAAUUUAUACUCAAUAACUAAAAGUAAUUAGAGAGGAAGCAACAAGACAGAAUCACGUGCGUUGUACGGGCUGCUGCUCAAAAGUGCAUCGAAAUGGCAGCACAACACGAUGAAGUGGAAAAUAAAAUAUUGGAACCCUGCAAAAUGGCGACCGAGGCAAUGUAUGACUUGCGAGACAUUGUGAAGUUAACUCGCUUUCUAUCUCAAAAUAUGAUUAGAUAUUAUGUAAUUAUUACCGUCACAGCUCCCGGUGUGUGGGUUGAGCAACGUUUUUCUUGUACUGGCAAAGUAAGAAGGCGAACAGAGGGACCGAGUGGACAACCACAAUGGAAUAUUUCGUGAAACUGAAGGAACCGUUUUACGGAGCAGAGGCCAACCGAAACUAGACCUCGAGAGAACGAUAACGGCA